AUGGGAUCGCGAAAGCGCACCCGUUCUGAGGCCAUUCCGGUGGCAGAGCAAGAUGCCCCCGAACAGCCUGAACUGUUACCCAAGCUGCGAAGCUCGUGGGAAUUUGCAAGUCUCAUGCAGUACAUUGCCAUUUUUGGACAAGUCAUGAAGAUUGACGAGGACUUUGGAAUCGAGGACCUAGAAGCUGAAUGUCUCAAGCCUGAACCCUCAGAGAAGCUAUUGGAGAUCGGAUUGUGUCUCCUGAAAUGGAUCUCCUCGCAUCGCGGUCUGACGUUCGCUAAUUUCGACGAGUACACCCGCCGCCAGUACAAUGCGAAGGCGCCCAACAAACCCAAUCCCUUCGGAUACGAUGAGGAACCGAACAAAUUUCUGGAAUUCGAUGUUUUCACCAAGAUCAGUGUCCUCCAGCAGCUGACGGUGUGGACUUUCUGGAACGCGGACCGCAUUCGCGACAAGAUGCCCGAGAAGAAGGAAUCCGAACAACUCGAAUGGCGGAUUGAAGAAUUUGGCUGGGAUCGCGAGGGUCGUUCUUACUACGUGCUAGAUGACAACCGUCUGUACCGUCGGACCGAUCGCCCUCUCCCUCCUGCGCCCCAACGGCCGAAGAAGAAGGCGAAGAGCCGAUCCUCGCGCGCCUCGCGGACCUCGAAGCGCGUCUCCGCAGCAGCCGCGGAAGAGGGUUCCGACGAUGAGAGCAAGAACACUAACGAUACAAACGACUGGACACUCAAUUCCGACGACCUCUUCAAAUGGGAGUGCGUCGCUGUGACCCUUGAAGAAUAUCAGGCGUUCCUGGAGCCGCUUCAGAAGACCAAGGAUGCGGACGAGAAAAAUCUUCGCGACAGCAUAGUUGAGCACAUUCUGCCCAUACUCGAGAAGGCGGAGGAAGCGUUGCUGCGAAAACGCCAGAAACGAGACAAGGAGAUGUUGAAUCUACAGCUCGUUGCUGGAGCCAAGCGGUCGAGCCGACUCGCUGCCAAGGAUGAGAAGGAGCGACAGGAGCGAGAGGCUGCUGAAGCCAUUCGCAAACACGAGGCUGAUCUAGCCGAGGCCCGCAAGGAGCAAGCCAGACAAAGCCAACAUGAGGAAGAUCGACAGUCACGAAUGAUGACUCGUGAGCAGCGAAUCAGGGAUCGUGAACAGAAGCGCCUGCUGCACGAGGCCGAGUUGGAGCGACUGGCCGAGGAGCAAGAAAGGCUCAAUAACGGCGAAAGCAGGGCCUCCGCCCGAAACCUCAAGUCUGAGAUGGAGAAGUCCCAAAGGAAUCUAGCUGAGCUCGCUCCGGAUGAUCAAUGGAUCUUUGACUGCUCUGGGUGCGGAGUGCAUGGCGAGAACUUGGAUGACGGAAGUCACAGUAUUGCAUGCGAGAAAUGCAACGUGUGGCAACAUAGCAAGUGUCUUGGUGUCUCCCAGCAAGCGGCCGAAGAGGAGGACUUCCAUUUCGUGUGUCGCGAGUGCAAGCAAAAACAGGAACAGGCCAACAGGCCCAAGAUCCCCCCUUUGAAGUUCCGGGUCAGCGCUUCGGCGUCUCCUUCAGCUGGUCCGGUCGACAAGAAGCGGAAAUUGGAAGACGAUGGAGAUCUGGCCCCUCCCUCCCCAGUGAAGAAGUCACACGCCGCUCUUUCCAAUGUUCAGAAUGAACAACCAAGGUCGCAGUUUGACCUUCAGCCCACUGUUGGCCAAGGCAAUUUCUAUCCCCCUCCCUCGCCCCAGCGUCGGGCUCAUUAUGCCGAUCGAGACACAUUACCAUCCUCAAGUCCGCCUCGCCCACCGUUCUCCCCUCCCAAGGGCAUGAAUGGCUUGCUUCAUUCCACUAUGGAGCAACACCCACGACCUCCUUCCGCACAGCACCAUCUGCCGUCCAUGCAACCGGCUCCUCACCUUCCUCCCGUUGGCUCGUACCAGUCUGUACGGCCGUCCUCCUCUCACUCCAACCAGAGUCCGGUGCAGAACCAGCCCUCAAUGUCUCCGACUCAGGGAAACCCCGACGUUGGUCUACUUGCAGGCUUCCCUCACGCUGCCCCUAGCCAGGCACCAUCUCCAUGGGGUUCUUUCGAAACUCCUCGCCCGCAGUCCGGCCAUGCAGCCACACCAGCAAUGUCUAGCGGCUACCCGUCAUUCUCUGCUGCGACGCCCAACGGCCACCACUCGUCGCCCCCUCAAAGCUCACAUGGUAUGGGAAUGUCCGGGAUCAGCCCGACCAAACAGUCACCCCGUCCCCCGACUGCCAGCGGCAUGGCCGGUGCGCCUGUCCUCCCUCCCAUUCGCCGCCUAGAGCCCAGCCCGAAACUCAUGGGCCGGAGCUCUCCCGAUGCCCCUAUCAUCCCGGUCAAGUGCAUGACGCCCGAACAAGAGGAGCGCCGGCAACGUGAGAACGCAUCCAUGCUCCACCAGGCACACCAUUACCAGGGCAAUGGCCAGCAUCCAAUGUCAUCGCCAUCCCUGAACCGCAUCCCUCCUUUGGGUUCCGGGACCACAUCCCAAUACCCUGACCCUGUCCCAUCGCCCCAGCGUGGAAGCAAUGGCCAGAACUAA